UCACCACCAUCACACAAAUCCUUAGCAAUGGCCCAACACAGUUUUCUUCUCAUCUACUUACUAUGCUUUGUUCUUGCACCCACAAUUCCAUUUUUAUGUGAUGCUGGCAAUGACAAUGGAGAUCAUAAACUUUACAUCGUAUACAUGGGUUCACUUCCUGAUGAGAGAGAUUCUUCUAAUUAUAAUUCCCCAACCUCUCACCACCUCAGCAUGUUGCAACAGGUUGUGGGUGGAAGCGACGUGACAAAGCACCAUGUUAUAAGCUACAAUAGGAGCUUCAAUGGUUUUGCAGCGAAACUCAGUGAAAAACAAAAGGAAAAUAUCGUUGCCAUGGAUGGUGUUGUUUCGGUUUUUCCGAGCAAAACUCUUCAGAUUCAAACUACAAGAUCAUGGGACUUUUUGGGGCUUCGGGAAUCGGUUAAAAGACAAACCAAAGAAGAGAGUGAUUUGGUGAUUGGAGUUAUCGACACCGGAAUCUGGCCAGAAUUAGAUAGUUUCUCUGACCAAGGUGUUGGUCCUAUUCCAGCGAAGUGGAAGGGUCAUUGCAAAGGUGGUGCAAACUUCACUUGCAACAAUAAGAUCAUUGGGGCACGAGCCUAUAGCUCUCCCCCAAACGUUACCGCAACUAAUGAUAACACUGUAAGAGACAUCGAAGGGCACGGAUCUCACACUGCAUCAACGGCAGCUGGAAACACAGUCAUUGGUGCAAGCUUUUACGGACUCGCACAAGGCACCGCAAGAGGUGCAGUUCCAUCUGCAAGGAUAGCUGCAUACAAAGUAUGCUACCCAAACCACGGCUGCGACGACGCUAAUAUUUUAGCAGCUUUCGAUGAUGCCAUCGCUGAUGGCGUCAACAUCUUGAGUGUCUCACUCGGGACUAACUAUUGUGUUGACUUAUUAAGCGACACCGUCGCAAUCGGUUCCUUCCAUGCCAUGGAGAGAGGGAUUCUCACAUUGCAGGCUGCAGGAAACUCUGGUCCUGCUUCACCCUCUAUUUGUAGUGUGGCGCCGUGGUUGUUGACCGUCGCCGCCAGCACCAUUGAUCGCCAAUUCAUUGACAAGGUCCUUCUCGGGAAUGGGAUGACAUUGAUUGGAAGGUCCGUGAAUGCCGUCGUUUCAAAUGGGACAAAGUUUCCUAUUGCUAAGUGGAAUGCAAGUGAUGAAAGGUGCAAGGGAUUUUCUGACUUGUGUCAAUGUCUAGGAAGCGAGAGCGUGAAGGGAAAGGUGGUUUUAUGCGAAGGCAGGAUGCAUGAUGAAGCGGCUUAUUUAGACGGUGCAGUUGGUUCAAUCACUGAGGAUUUAACAAACCCGGACAAUGACGUGUCUUUUGUCACUUAUUUUCCUUCAGUGAACCUAAAUCCAAAAGACUACGCUAUUGUCCAAAACUACACAAAUUCAGCAAAAAAUCCUAAAGCUGAGAUAUUGAAGAGUGAGAUUUUCAAAGAUCGCAGCGCUCCAAAGGUUGUUAGCUUCUCAUCCCGUGGGCCAAAUCCCUUGAUUCCGGAGAUCAUGAAACCGGAUGUGAGUGCCCCCGGGGUGGAUAUCUUGGCUGCGUGGUCACCUGAAGCGGCACCCUCAGAAUAUUCAAGUGAUAAGAGAAAGGUAAGGUACAAUGUGGUGUCUGGAACAUCAAUGGCAUGUCCUCAUGUUGCUGGAGUAGCCGCGUAUGUGAAAUCAUUUCACCCGGAUUGGUCACCGGCGACUAUUAAAUCCGCAAUCAUGACUACAUCAGAUCCCUUGAAUGGGAAUUAUAAUAUGAUUGGUGAGUUCUCUUAUGGAGCUGGGAAUGUCAAUCCUGUAAAAGCUAUUGACCCUGGGCUUGUAUAUGACAUUUCUAAGAAAGACUAUGUCAAAAUGCUUUGCAACUAUGGUUAUAGUGCUAAGAAAGUUAAGAUUGUUGCUGGAGAUCAUUCAGCUAGUUGUCAUGGAGUGGCACACAAUAGAAGCUUGGUGAAAGAUUUAAACUACCCUGCAAUAACAGUAAAUGUUGAGCCUUUAAAGCCUUACAUUAUCAAGGUUAAGAGAAUAGUGAUGAAUGUUGGCUUUCCUCCCAACUCGACCUACAAGGCUACUAUCUCGCCGAAUCCGAAAAUGAACAUCACAGUGGAGCCUGAAGUUCUGAGGUUCAAAUCGUUGCAUGAGAAACAUUCUUUUGUUGUCACUGUUGCUGGAGGAGGAUUGCAAAGAGAUAGUGCAAUUUCCUCAUCACUUGUGUGGUCAGAUGGCAAACAUAAUGUGAAGAGUCCAAUUAUUGUGCUUGUCUCCUAGAACAUGUUGAUUAUGGCAUUGUGAAAUCUGGAAUGAAUUAUUAUCAUGUAGGCCUGAAAUAUAAACAUACUAAAGAAAUAUAUUGAAACAUUCGCUACAGAAUAAGGUUCUGGUACCAAUUAAAAGAGUAUAUUUUAUUAGUUAUGAAAAUCUUGUAUUGUAUUUGCAUGAAUUGGGUACUAACUACAGCAAAAGAAGCUUUUCUCAAAAUAAA